AUGGCAGCUCCCAUGAACGCCGUGGGUAAACUCUCAGUGGAGCGUUCGCUCGUCAAUACAACUAGCUUUCAGAAGAAAACCAGAAGCAAGUUAGUUUCGAUACCUGGUACCAGACCAUCGGUUCAAAAUGGACAGCUUAUAGUUUCGACCGGUGUCACGUCACUGGACUAUUUAAUAGGUGGUGGGUUGGCUGUUGGAACGCUCCUUCUCAUUGAGGAGGACAGAUAUGACAGCUACUCUCAUAUGAUCUUUAAGUACUUCCUUGCCGAGGGAGUGGUGUGUGGACAUGAACUUUUUGUGGCAUCGGCUCAAGAGAACCCAGAUGACAUCUUACAGGAACUCCCUGCUCCCAUUUUGGAUGACAUUGCCAGCCACAAAACUUUUGAGGGACAGAUGCAACCACGUGGACCUCAGGAUAGUCAGGACUCCAUGAAGAUUGCCUGGCGCUACCAGAACCUUCCAAAAGUACAGACUGCCCUGGCGUCCUCAUCCAGGUUUGGACACUACUACGACGUCUCCAAGACGAUGGAGCCCGAAAUUCGCCAGACAGCCAAGUGCCACCGCUUCUACCUUCCAGAGCAUCCCAGCCAGUCAUCAGCCACGCGCAGCCCUAUGCUUGAGUCCUACGCUGCAUUACUCAAGUCGCUUCAAGAGGUCAUACACAGGGAGGGAUUCGAUGGAGCACCAACGCCGUCAAAGUCACGAAACGUCCUGCGAAUCGGGCUUCGCUCGCUGGGCUGCUCCCUGUGGGGCGACGACCUGUGUUGCCAUGACAACCCCAGGCACAGCCACGCCCUCACCACCUUUCUCUACGGGCUGCGUGCCUUGCUGAGGUCGUCGCUCUCGGUUGCCGUAGUUACCGUGCCUUCGCAUCUCAUCCAGAACAGAGCUCUAAUGGGCAGCAUAACCAGGCUAUGUGACAAUGCCAUCGCUCUGGAAUCAUUCAGGGGCUCGGAGAGAGAGACCAACCCGCUCUACAAAGAUUACCAUGGCCUGCUACAUGUGCGCCAGUUGCCCCGCCUGAACUGUCUCGUGAGCGAGCUCCCCGACCACAAAGACCUGGCCUUCAAACUCAAGAGAAAACAGUUCACCAUUGAGAGACUACAUUUGCCUCCGGACCUGUCAGAGACUGUGAGUCGUGUGAGCAGGGGGGAGCUGGCAGGAGCAGCCAUGGUGGGUUCAGCCUGUGGCGCCGGUACUUCCGGCAACAAACACCUGGACUUCUAGAGCUCCCACACAGUCGCCAGGGGCAACCAACACCUGGAACUCUGUACCGAUGUCCUCUUUACCGCGGUGACCAGGUUGCUCCCUCACCCACAUAAUGUCAACUGUAAUAACCCGGCCAGCCGUUUCCACCUGACAACUCGCCCAGCCGUGGGUGAAGAUCUAAACGCCCACAGUGCCUCACCUCAUAACGGGCAUGUUUAAUCAAACAGCUUCAAGUCCAUUUCCACCAGUAUGAAUCUACACUACAUUAUAUGUUUUCUUUUGAACUCCGCAAAAUCGACAUAAGUCCUUCUCCUCGUAGCUGCGGUGAAUAUGUCAGACGUUCUCAGAGUGGAUUCGUAUGAAAAAUUCUCACGAUGUUUGACAUAUGAAUGGCAAGGUUACGACUAUUUAAUCCCAUCAAAGUCUUAUAUGGAAAAUGGCUAUGUAAUUGUUUGGGUUUUUGGCGGGCCUAUAAAACAUCUUUAUAACUAAUGUUAACCUCUCUGUAUCUUUAUUUUUUAAUGGACUAUCACUCUCACGCUUGGGGCCCAUCCCUCACACUGAAUUUGAGUGAUUUAACCAAAUAUUCUUCAUGACAAUUGCAGAAACCGUUGCUAUUAUUAUUUUUAAUAAUAAUAAUAAUAAUGUUAGCCACCCUGGGUGAAAAUGGCCAUUUUGGCUGGAUAGGUCAAUUCUGAGUGAUUACAGUACUGUGCAUUUAGUAUUUAGUAUUUUUUUUUAUUAUUAUUUUUUACAUUUUUAUACCUGCUGCACCGUCAGCUUUGGCACGGCACUUCCUAAGACAGUUACCUGAUAAUCUGCAGCCAUUGUUUGAUGCACUUUGUCAUUUUGUUGUAACAGAGGCCUAUAUGCAAAAAUUAGGUAAAAAGAAACUGACCUUGUCUUCAUGAAUAUUUCAUCAAAAUGAAUGGAAGUUAGCAGCUAUUUGGUUAUUAUAAGGAGCAAAACAGGAGAAUUCACAAAGAUGUGCUCCGUCGUCAAGAAAAGGUUUUAACAAAAUGUGCUAUUUGAAAUGAUAAUUCAUCCAAUAAAUAUCAAAAUUAAUAAAAGU